AUGGCUAUAUAUAUUGAUCCCAUCUUCAAGAAAGCUGACCGUAGCAAGCCAGAGAACUACAAAGCUCUCUCUCGGACGUCAGUAACCUGGGAAGUACUGGAUCACAUCGUUCUUAGCGGCAACAAGAACCACCUUGAAAGCCACAAGAUCUUGUCUGAUGCACAACAUGGCUUUCGAAAGAAGCGAUCCUGCGUCUCACAGCUUGUCCUGGCUGUCCUGGACCUUGCCAAAGGCAUCGAUGCCAGAGACCAAUUGGACAUGACACUCCUUGGUUUCUCCAAAGCAUUUGACAAGGUUCCCCAUGGAAGGCUAUAG